AUGAAGAUCCGGUGCAAUUUUUGUGACAAAGCUGAGGCCACUGUGUUCUGCUCAGCUGAUGAAGCAGCUCUCUGUGACGUCUGUGAUCGCCGUGUUCACCAUGCAAAUAAGCUUGCAAGCAAACACAAGCGCUUUUUUCUUCUCCAACCAACCUGCAAAGACUCCCCUCAAUGUGAUAUCUGUCAGGAAAGGCGUGGAUUCCUCUUUUGUCAAGAAGACAGAGCCAUUUUUUGCAGGGAAUGCGACAAUUCAAUCCACAAAGCGAAUGAACACACUCGAAAACACAAUAGGUUUCUUCUCACUGGUGUAAAGCUUUCUGCUGAUUCUACUCAGUAUCCCCCAUCAUCAUCAUCAUGCUCCUUCUCUAAUGAAGUAGUCAUCACCAACAGCACUGACCAUGCAAGAGUAGCCUCCAAGUCAUCGACAAAGAGACCUAGAACAGGAUCCAAUGAACAAACCUCAUCAUAUAAGGUAGAGGAGAAUUGUUCGCUCAGUGACAAUGGUUCAGUGAGUUCGACAAACAGCAUAUCAGAGUACUUGAUGGGAGACCAGAUCACCGAGUGGCGUGUGGAAGACCUUCUUGAUGUCUCAUUUGAUUUUGAUAGCUUCUAUGAGGCUAAAAGUGCACCUUACAUAUAG